GUCUCGUUCUAUUUUUGUUCCCUGCAAAGCAGUUGGAAACUUGAAUUGGUAUCGUGUAUGGUCAAUCGCUUCAUUAUUGUGUUUUGUUGGUCUAGUUUUCUUGUUGCUUCUUCGGUCUUUAUAUAUGCGCUGAAGUUUUGAAUUAAUUGUGGAAAAUAUAAAAGAAAAUUAAAACUGCUUGCAAUGAAAUAGAACAAGGCGCUAAGAAACGCGACCAUUGCAGAGCAAUACACUAACAAAAGUUUACGUUAUACGAUGUGUUAAUUCCAAUAAUCAUGCGUUGUUCAUUCGCGAAUAUGUUGAAUGGUUUGUUUAUUUGCGCCCACGUUGAGUGCGUUUAACGAAAGUGUAUGGUGGCUUAAUACUGUGAAUACAAAAUACAUAUGUAUAAAAGAAAUCUUUAGCAGAAUAUAAAAAUAAUACCAUAAAAUACAAAUUGAAGUAACAAAACGCAAGCACAGCCAGUUCAAAGUGUAUUUAUUGGGCGUGUGUGCUUUUUAAGAAGUGCAAAUACAUAUUGAAAUAAAAGUGAGGAGAGGAGUAAAAGUGCAUCUGUGCGAAGAACGUGUGUGCGUAUACGCGCGAGUGAGUCGAGAAUGUGCGAUAAUGACGAAUCCUUUUCGUCACAACAAGAAUCCAAUUUGAAUAUUAAUAUGAACGACAGUGCUGAGCCCUGCGAUCUAAUAACUGCACACAACCAAAGCCAAUUGGCGCAGGAUGCAAUUUCACUGUGCAGUUCAGAAGCAUCUUUCGACCAGCAGCUGCACCAGACCACACAAUCGCUGGCCAUAGCGAGUUCGAUGAUGGCCGGUUUUGGUUAUGACCCCAACAGUGUCGCCAACAAUGGAGGCAGCAUUGGCGCCGGCGCGGUCGGCACUGGCAGCGGCAGUGGCAGCAAUAGUAUUGUGCGUUAUAAUAAUUUAAAUAUUUUCGGUUCAAACGAGUCUGUGGGUGUAAUGGCAACGCCUACGGUCACAACACCAUCGCUGGCACCGCAAAUCGCUGCCGCUGUGAAUACGGUCAAGAUCAAUGUAGAGGAACUGUUGCGCGAAAAUCGUGCGCUACGCGAAAAGCUCAAGGAAGUCACUGCCGAUCGCGAUCAUUUGCUAUGCGAAGUGUCAAAUUUUCGAUUAGAACUGGAUAUGUCCGAGUUGAAACAGCUGCCGGAACAAAGGUAUGAUCUUGAUUGUCGGAUGGAACAUUUACAACUGGACAUUUUUCCCCUUACAAAGCAAUUUUUUCUUUAAAAUGCUUCUUGUUGGUUUGGAAACUAGAGCUUUUCAGUAACAUAUUUUAAAAUUUGUAUUCAAUAAUCUCUUAUUUUUUCAGUUACAUUUGCAGAAAACUUAAAACACGCAGUAACUCUGCACGACAAAACAAUUGCAACUUUGUUUGCUUUGCUACGUAGCGGUAAAAUAUUUCUGCUGCUUUCCGUUUUCUAAUUGUUUUUGUUAAUUUUGAUAGAGAUUUUGAUUAUAAUUUGUGUGCAAAAAUUUUUUAAGAGAACCCUUUUUAUUUGAAAAAUUGUAAUAAAAUAAGCAGUUGCCUCAAAUAAAUUUGACGAGACGUUGCGCAAACGAGUUAUUACUGAUUAUCAUAACGGAGCUUCUCAAAAAGGCUCAUCUAUAAAAUAUUAUAUUGUAACAUUCAUACAUCGUCAAUUUCACGAAUUAUUUUCAGCUUUAUAAAAAAUGAAACCGUCAAUAGUACAGUGGUCGGCCAAAGAAACAACUGACCAAAAAACUGGCAGCGCGAUUGUAAGAGAGAUAAAGAAAUUCAUUCAAAACUUCGCAAUUGGUAAAAGAGCUCAGGCUGCCAAUUCACUCACUAACUGUGACUCGUCACCUGGUGCUCCCGCCCAUUUGCGUAGUUAUCAACUUGCAAAGAAGCCUCCUAUAAGUAAAUGUAACCAACAAAAAUGGUUUCAGUUCGUUAAAAAUCAUUUAAGCUGGGAGGUAAACAAGUGGAAAACUGUGCUUUUCAGCGUCAGACAGUCAAACUUAGUGGUGGCAAUGUAUGACCCGGGAAUGGCUUUCCACUACUCGUCUGGGGCAGCUUCAUCAUAUCAAUGGUACUCGUAUAAUGGAUAAAUAUGUUUAAAAAGAUAUUAAGGGCAUGUCGCACAUGUCGAAUGAGAAAUGUCGCCAAAGAGGGCUUUCCAGCGAGACUAUGACCCACAGCAUAUGGCAAAGCUCCUAAAAUCGUUGUUCCAGAGAAAUAAAACGGGCAGUCUAAACACUUUGGUCCCACAGAAAAAACAUGGGAAAUUGUAAAAAAGAAGAUUGAUCGCUGAAAUAUGCAAACGCUGAGCAAUUUUUCGAUCGAGUCCACGAAAAACAGAAAACUGAAAUUCAGACCAUCGUUGACAAUUUGAGAGCGUCAAUGCCGCGGUGGCGCAAGGCAACUAAUAUAUUUACUAAGAAAUACAAAGUGGCGCAAAAUUAAUCACCCCUCCGAAGACUUAGUAUACUUUUUACAAAUGGCGUCGUACGUCAAUCAUAUUUGAGCUUUGUGAACUAGACAGCUGCAGCAUACAAACUGCCAAGCAAUGGACUGUUCCCACGACAGUCGAUUCUACGUAUCCGAAACGACCCGGAUUUGUAUCCAGCAAAGGACUGUCACCUCAGCAGGACUCCCCGUAUAUGUAUGAUGAAUGUUUAUGCUUCUAGAACAACAAGCAAUGGAGCACGUAAAUAUUAAAAUAAAGAUUUCAAUCACAAAAAAUUUAUUUAGUAAGGGUAUUCAAAAGUUAUUAUUGAUGACUAAUUUUGCGCCACCUUGUAUUAAGUUUUUUUUUUACUAUACUUAAAAUAAUGUGCUGCUCUAUACCAUUUGCAAUUGUUUUGUCUGCUAGAAUAAAAGUGUUUACAUUGAAGAUAUGAAUUUUUAAAUUUGAAUUAACCUUUUUUGUUAACAUAAAUAAAUUUCCAUUGUUAAAAAAAAAAACAAAAAUGCUUAAAGUCACGGACUUAUUUCAGUUGCAAAUAUUGCACUGUAUUUAAAAUUAUGGCUAAUAUUAGACUAGACUUUCAAAACGUAAAGUUAUUUUAAAGUGUGAAAAGGUAGUGCACAUGAGAGAGUUUCAGUUACACAACUCACCUUUACUCGCAUCAGAGAAAAGUUUAAAAGAGACAGGACUGUUCAAGACGCAUACAAGCAACGUUCUUUGAGAUCACGAAUAAGACCGAACACAACUACGGGACUUAGUUAGUAUAUGACAAACAUUGAACGAUAUGCAUCGGGAGUCUCUUACCUUACCACCUUCCUAAACUCUCGAUCCCCGAAUGCCGUCAUCAAAGUCCAAUCACCUCAAGGAUGAUAUAUUAUUAGGUUUGGCCUUAAGCUAUGGUGAAAAACGAAAUUAAGCGAGUAACAUCGGCUACCACGUCAGCGCAUACUCGGCAAUCAAAUUCCUUUCGCUUUUUUAACAGGUAUUCACACACUCGUCCAAUCAAUUGUUGCUCAGAAGGCAACGAAGUAACGUUGGCGAAUCUGCAUUAAUUUUUUUCGUAUAUCACCAACAAAAUCUAAGUUUUUUCCUCAACACACCGCUUUCAUAAUACCAUGAGCCAAUCAGCAGAUUCUUUCAAAUUCGAUGAAAGCCGUUAAAGGGUGUGAUAUUAGCCACACCUUCUAAAUUUUUUUCACCAUGUAUACAUGUCCCAUUACAGACGAAGAGCUUCAGUUAUGUAUCUCGUACGACCCGUGCUAUCUUCGUACAAUUGCGUUAAGGAUAUUGUAGUAGGUUAAACUCCUCAUCAACAUCAUUGUUGGCGUGACGAUCCGGGUUUAACCUUGGUCUCCCUCAAAAACUUCGACCAAGAAUCUCUUUCCUUUGCAAACGUCCUCCAGUUUUUCAACCCAAAGAUCUUGGCGUCGUCAUAAACUGGAUUAAUCAAGGUUUUCCUUAAGCGACACCUAUUAUAAGGCACAUACAGCUGACUAUUAUACAUAUUUUUAGCAAUUUCGUUUGGGCCCAUCCUCAGAAUAUGUUCAGACCACCUAAGACGCUGAAGCUUAGUCUAAUAUUGCGGCGAGGAAUUUUUCACUCAGAUAUGUUAACCUCCGCCUUACGCAUCUCCCAGGUUUCAGAAGCAUAAGUAACGCAAGGCCUAAUUAUUGUUUUACAGAGUUCCAGUUUCAUUCGCUUAGAAAAAAAGAAGAACUUUACGCCUUGUAUAGCGAAAAGAAGACCCACCUGGAUUCUCGCACUCCCUUCUUGUUUGGCUGUUGCAUCCCCAGAGAUGAUAGAUCGAAGAUAUUUUGAAUGAUGUCAAAUCGUCGAUCAAUAUGGCAUAUUCACAUUUUAACGACUGGAUUCGCAAAUAAAAUGAAACAAAAUAGAGCAAUUCUGAGCAAAUUUAAAAUAUAACCUGUUUUGGGUGUUCUUUUCGCAGGGCGGAUGCAAAAGAAUAGGGUUUGAGUUCUUACGCUCUGAAGACUGCCACGAUCAAAACGGCGCUUUAGUGCUACUUGAGAAGUGCCAAACUGGCACUUCAACCAUUUCACCUAGUGCAGGUUUUCCCUACAGGGACACACAAAUACACUGGCUUAGUGCUCUUUCACAUCCAUUUGUAUCUAUUGGUUAUUGAUCGUUAAAAAUUUAUUGUAUUGCGUUGAAAUUCAUGGUGUAAUGGUGUAACUGGUGUCUAAUGACCGACCAAAGGUGUUGCCAGCAAGCAAUAAAAGUAAACGUAAAGUUCACUAACACCAAACAGCAACUACUGUGCCUGCAGCGCAUUCACGGGUGGCGCUGAAAAAAAGGCAAAACUAAAUUCAAAAAUACCUACGAAAAACAAAACUAAUUAUCUACAAAUAUUACAAAACAUUGCACGCUUUUUACUUUUUAAUAACCGUUUGAAAAAGAAAGUACUUUUGGUGCACAAAAACUUCGUACUUCAGCGAGCAACCAGGCGUUUGUUUGCCGAGUAUGUGAUGAAAGAUGCAGAGGUGGAGGUUGUGUAUGCAUAGGCCAGAGCCACCUUUACAAAAAAGUGAUUCCCAUUCAAAUGUCGCUGACUUUUGGCUAAAUGUUUCUGACAUUUUUUUCCUAUUACUAUUUCAAAUAUUCCACUACGAAAUAAACAAACAACUAAUGGAGAUGGAGAUGAAGUGCAGAUAAAGGUAGUCGCACAUUCUUAUAUGGUGGUGGUGGUGGUGAUGGUAGCGGUGUGAAGUAACGUCGGCGCAAAUCCAUGGCUUUUGUCGCGGCCAUUGUUGCGUCGUUGUUGUGUCAUGUUGCUAUUUACCGCCAACUCCUCCAUGGUAGGAUUGUCGCUUCUUCAUGGGAUGAGUGUGUUGCGACGAGUGUGCGUAUACCUUUUUAGGCAACUAUAAAAGCAACGAACAAAGCAUUGCUUUUGUAAUGAAAGAGUUAACAAGCAAACUCUUACAAAGCAAAAAAACUCAUAUGAAAAAAAUAACGCAAUGACGGCCUUUCUAGCGUGCCAUGAUUUAUCUGACCAUUGAAAUUGAUAAUUAGCAAACAAAGUGACUGACUGACAGUCCGAUAGUCUAAUUGCUCAACUAACACAGAAACACAGUAGUGCUUUUGUACGAAAAUGUAGAGCAGUUCCAGUACUUUUUGAAAGAUUUUCAAUUAUUUUUCCUAAAAUUAGUAAUCUUGGACCAACCAAUUUAUAUAUAAUAAAUAAAUUGACAAUGGUUGAAAAGACGUUCCUACAACAGUCGGUUCUACGUUACUGGGACGGCCUGGAUUUACAUAAAUCCGGCAAAGGACUGUCACUCCAGCAGCAUUCCCGGUACAUGUACGGGUAAUGUCUUUGCUCACGCAACAACAGUAUCUAUAGUAAAUAAACCCAGGUUAGCAAAGAUGGAGAAGGUUAAAACCAAAUUUUAGUUUUUCAGAUUAUUUUUGUCAACAAAGAUAGUUAGAUUAUUUAGUAAUUUUCUAUCUAAUAUCGAAAAUUAAAUAGUUACAGUGAAUCUCCGGAGGCGCCUCGAAAAAAAGUUAUUUUGCGGUGUAAAUCAUAACUCGGAAGAAAAUCAUAUGAAAUACAAAGAUCACAAAUCAUUUGUUAAAGGAAGAGUUGUUUCUCAAAGUGUCUUGGAUCUUUUUUUAGUUUUUCAAUUUUUCAUAGCACUUGGAAGUCCAAAAUCAGAUUUUUGGAAACCACAAAAGCUCCCAUUGAUAUCUUAUGAAUUAUGGGCCGAAGUGCAAAAUUUCAAAACAAUUGCGAUCCAGCAGAUCUCGAGUUAUGACGUUCACAAAAUUGAAUUCAGUUUCAGGCGAACGCCUUAAGGGGGGCCUCUACUGUAAAACUUAAAAAAAUCGAUUUUUUACUUUUUGUUGAAACAUACUCAGAAACAACUCCAGAAUGUUCCAUGAAAAUCUUAAAAAGAAAUCUUGAAUAGUUUUCAAGUUAUAAAAGUUUUAGCAAGGCUGGUAUAAACUGAGCGCUCGAGCGGUUUACGGUCAUAUGCUGUAAGUAUGAAAAAUUGUUUAAGCGUGUUUUUCUCGAAACCACGUUUUCAAAAUUGCCCACAUCACAGCUCCGUGAAAAAUUAACAUAUCAAGCUCAAACUUUUAUAGUAUAUUUUUAACAAUAUUUACUAGUUUUUAAAGCUAUGGUGGGAAAAAAUUUAUUAUUUAUAACCCCUUUUUUAAUAACAAAAUGACAACAAAAAAAUGUCGAUUUUUUAAAAAACUUCAAAAAUUUUACAAAAAAAAUUUUUUUUUGCAAGUAAUAGGCUUAACAACUAAAAAUAAUGAUAUAUAAUAAAAAAAAUUUGGUUUUUUUCAUUUCAGAUUUUUUUUAAAUGCGCGACAGUGUGGGCAGAUUUCAAAAGGCGUUUCGGGGGAGCGGCUGUACAGCUGCCAUUUUGAAAUGAAAAUAAAUUUAAAAAGUUUUUUUGUACACUCAAGACCUGUGUUUAUGUAACCCUAAACUUUUUUUUACUAAUUAAAUUAAUACAAGUAUGAAAACAAAAUCCAUGAAAAUUUGAGCUGCCGAGUAGGUAAGAAACCCGGCGUUGCUGCAAAGGUCGCGAAAAUACUCAUUACUUAGUCAUUUUUGCUCCGAUCGUCUUGAAAUAAAAAAAAAUUUAAAUAAUAAUAAUAAUAAAAACUAAAAACAAAUAAA